AAUUUAUUUCGCGAUGAUUGAUGAAAAAUUCAUUUACACUCAGUACACUACAGCUUAACCAGCCCUUUAUUAAAGUCCUAAAUAAACUAAGGGUUAUAUAUUUUGCAUCUUAAUUGUGUGUACUGUUUUAGAAUGUCUAUGAAUAGUAAAGAUACUAAUCAUAGUCAAAUUAAAGAAAAUAUGCCUGGAAAUAGAGGGCAAACUAAUGAAAGUAACCAUACUAACAAUACAGGUAACGAAGAAUUAACAAAAGCAGAGAAAUUAAGAAGGCGACGUGAACAAUUAGCACAAUGGAAAGAAAAGAAAGAACAAGAGAAAACUGAUUCUAAUUCCAAUUCGAAUUCGAAUUCGAAUAAAUCAUCUAAAUUAGAGGAGUGGAAGAGAAGGAAAGCUUUAGAAAAUGAAAAACUUAAUGCAACUUCUAAGGCUAAACAGUCAAGUCCUCAAUCUCACUUAAAGAUCUCAGGAAUAAAAAAACUUAAGCCUAAAUCAGUAGCGACAAUAACAACUUCUAAUAUUAAGAGAUCAGUAUUAGAUGAUGAUGAAAUUGAAGAUAUUCAACCUAAAUUCAAAAAGCCAAAUUUGGAUAUUGAUCUACAAUCUAUUAAUUACAAUAAUAAUAUUAAUGGUAAUUCUAAAGAUAAUGAUGAGCCCGAUGAAUUAGAUCAAUUUAUAAAGCUGCUUGACAAAAAGAAUGAUGAAACACAAUUAGUGCGAACUACUAGUGAGACACAAGAGAAUGAUAAUGUAAGUGAGAAGGAAGAGGAAGAAGAUGAUGAAGAGAAUGAUGAUGAAUUACAACAGAAGUUAUUAUCGGCCAAAUUAUUAAAGUUACAGAAUAAAGAAAAAGCAUUGGAAGCAGUAGAUUAUUCUAAUCAAGAGUUUUCAUUUAUUAGAAAGAAUUUUUAUACGGAACCAUAUGAAUUAAAACAAUUAAGUAUUGAAGAUGUUGAAGCACUCCGAUUUGAAUUGGAUGGAAUUAGAGUCCAUGGAUUAAAUAUCCCUAAACCAAUAACUAAAUGGUCUCAUUUAUCACUUCCUUCAGUUUAUAAUGAAAUUAUUACUAAUAAAUUACAUUAUACUACUCCAACAUCUAUUCAAUCUCAAGCUCUUCCAACAAUUAUGUCUGGUCGUGAUUUAAUAGGUGUUGCUAAAACAGGUUCAGGUAAGACUUUAUCAUUUGUAUUACCAAUGUUAAGACAUAUUCAAGAUCAAGAUCCAUUAUCCAAAGAUGAUGGACCUAUUGGUUUAGUUUUAACUCCUACAAGAGAACUUGCCUUACAAAUUUAUAAAGAAUUACAGAAUUUUGUUAAAAGGCUUGAACUUAAAGUUAGUUGUUGUUAUGGUGGAUCUCCAAUAGAAAAUCAAAUAGCAGAUCUAAAGAAAGGUGUCGAAAUAAUUGUAGGUACUCCAGGUCGAGUUAUUGAUUUAUUGGCUGCUAAUGGUGGACGAGUAACUAAUCUUCGUAGAGUAACUUAUUUGGUUCUUGAUGAAGCAGAUCGUAUGUUUGAUAUGGGGUUUGAACCUCAAGUAUCAAAGAUUUUCACCCAGAUUCGACCUGAUAGACAAACAGUAUUAUUUUCAGCUACAUUUCCAAGGAAAAUGGAAUUGUUAGCUAAGAAAAUAUUAAAUAAUCCAAUAGAAAUCAUUGUGGGUGGUAUUAGUGUUGUAGCUCUGGAAGUUAAACAGUUAGUUGAAUUAUUUGAAGGUGACGAAAAUGAAAUUAACGAAAAUAAAUUUAUUAAAUUAACAGAAGAAUUAAAAAAAUUCCAAUCCCUGGAUCCUCAAGGUAAAGUAUUAAUAUUUGUAGAAAAACAAUCAUUUGCAGAUGACUUAUUGGUCCGUUUAUUAUCAGAAAAUUUUCCAUGUUUAACUAUUCAUGGAGGUAAGGAUCAAUUAGAUAGAAAGCAUGCCAUCAAAGAUUUUUCUUCUAAAACUAGUGGACUCAAUAUAUUAAUUGCUACAUCUAUUGCAGCACGAGGAUUAGAUGUCAAAGGAUUAAAUCUUGUUAUAAAUUAUGAUGCACCAAAUCAUAUAGAAGAUUAUGUACAUAGAGUUGGUAGAACUGGUAGAGCUGGUGCUAAAGGUACAGCUUUAACAUUUGUAUCAUCUAAUCAAGAGAGAUGUAUAACAGAUUUAGUUAAAGCUAUGAGAUUAAGUAAAGUACCUGAUAGUGAUAUUCCUACCAAAUUAAUUGAAAUAAGUGAUACAUUCUUAGCCAAUGUUAAAAGGGGUAAAGCCAAAUAUCAUUUUGGUUUUGGAGGAAGAGGAUUAGAUAAUUUACAACAGAUUCGUGAAAGUAAUCUUGCUAUUCAAAGGAAAGAAUUUAAUAUUGAAGAACCUGAAGAAAAUCGUAAAGAAAAUGAACUUUCCAUGGAAGGAACUCCAACUCCAGAAUCGAAAAUCCACGAUAGUAAAUUACCUGAUUUUACUAUUAUUGAAGGUGGAGCACCAGAAACUGCUGGACCCGAUAGAGGUAAUUUCCAUUCUCGAAUUACAAUUAAUGAUUUACCUCAAAAGGCUAGAUUAACAGUACUUAAUAGAGAUAGUUUAUCCAAAAUUAUUGAAACUACAUCGGCUGCAAUUACUAAUAAAGGUCAAUAUUAUCCUCCUGGUACAAAAAUACCAACCCCUACAAUUAAAAAGGGUAAAGAAAUCUCGGCACCACCUAAACUUUAUUUAUUGGUAGAAGGUUUGACUGAACAAUCUGUUCAUGAAGCAAAUAGAUUAUUAAGAUCAAAAAUGAUUGAAGGUUUAGAACUUGCAGCUAAAGAUGAAAAUAUGGCACCUAUUGGUAAAUACAAGGUGUAACGGAAAAAUUCAUCAGGUAUAUAUUUUUCCCCACAAAAGAUUUUUUUGACUGCGCUAAACACAGGCUAAGUUUUGAAACCUCGGUUGGCGAGAAGU